AAGGAAAUGUCUCCACCAAGAUGACCAUCUCUGAUAACAGAGGAGCAGCACAUCUUAUUCUGGACAUUUGACAGAAUGAACAUCAUCCGCAUCUCCUCACUGCUGGGCGUAGCUGGAUUUGUUCUCCAAGUUGCUACAUCCAAAGAGACUCUGAAGGUCAGUGUGUUGGUGUGGCCUCCGGGGUCAAACAUCUACCUUGGUGAGAGUGUGUUGCUGCAGUGCUCAGUGGAGUCAAACUCCAGUUUUGAGUGGAGCUACCAAUGGUUAAAGCGGAGACCACACGCUGCUCCUGUUCCGACCCCGAACCCCAGGCACCUGGUCUCAGGUGACAGCUACUCCAUCACUGCAGUAACAAGGGAGGAUGCGGGAAGCUACCGGUGCCAAGCCAAGCCGUGGGAGAGCAACACCUCUGUGGUGCUCAUCAGCCAGCCGGUUGCACUCAGUGUGUCAGAGCUGCCUCCUCCCUCACUCCUGACUCUGACUCCCAGCACCAGACAGAUCUUCCGAGGGGAGCGUUUCACCGUGCAGUGCCCUGUGUCUCAGACUAACUCCUCAGGCUGGAUGCUGAGGCAGUUCCCUCAGGGACGUGGAGUGAGAAGAGUCUUCGACACUGGCGGGUGUUCACCACUAGGGGGUUCUGUUAGUGCAGACGAGUCCAACAAGUGUGUGUUCACUGCUUACAGUGGGAAGAGUGGACUGUACUGGUGUGCGGGCACCGAGGGCCGCAGCAACGCAAUCAACAUCACAGUAAGCUAUGGUGCCAUCAUCUUAAAGACACCUGCCUUCCCUGUGUUUGAGGGCGAUAAAGUGGUCUUGUAUUGUCAGUACUGGAGAGGCAUUCACAAUAAAACAACUUUCUUUAAAAACGGAGCAAAAAUCGUCACUUACAGUUCCACCAGUUCAGACAGAGUAAUAAAGAUGACGAUUGAGAAUGUGACACAGGAAGAUGAAGGCUUCUACAAGUGUGCGUCCCAGGACAGAGAGAUGGAGAGUCCAGAGAGCUGGUUAUCAGUGAGACUUGAUCGAGGCAACUUCACAUCAACAGAUGGGACAGCACCCUCCACCAGUGCAGGCUCCUGGACAUGGAUCAUUCUGUCAUGUGCAAUUGUAGCUCUGUUCCUCAUUCCUGUAACGGUUUGGCUCAUAUAUCACUACAGGUGGUGUCGGUGUUGGCCAUUUUCCAAAGCGGAUCUUCCAGCAGUGGAACUUCCUGUGACUAACCAGGAUGUGACAGAAGUGCAGUGGGACCUGUCAUGGAUGGAGAUGUCCAAUCUGUUGGAUAAACGGUUAUAUCCUGGCAGUUAAAGGAUCACUUCCAUCUGAGGCAUUAUAGAAAAAUACUAACUGUGAUGAAACCAAUGAGGCAGUUCAGUCAGC